AUGGCUGUAGUCUAUCCUCCAGGUAGCAGUUUAACAAAAUUGACGUCUAAUCAAGAUAAUUCUCUCUCUAAUCCCAGCUCUUCUGAUGCAAUUUGCCAAGUCUGCUAUGGGAAAAAUCCAAACAACUUAAAAAAGGUCGAAUUUGCCAUGCCAAUCCACACUUGCAAAACAUGCGAUCUCACUGUUCACAAGGCUUGCUACGGGAUAUCCCCGUCUGCAGAAGCAAUGUUUUUCUGUGACCGCUGCAUCGAAGUUGGCCCACACGUGACCGUCAGCUGUGAAAUCUGUCAUCAAGUAAAUGGCGCUCUAAAGAAAUCUGGUGAAAAGUGGGUUCACGUCACCUGUGCUCUUUUUUCGCGAUUCACACACAUUGUAGACUGACUUGAAAUGAAGCCUGAUGCCAUUCGCUCCUCAGACGCUGAUCAGUUCUGUAAUGAGUGCAAUCAGAUAGGCCAUGACACUUUCAAAUGUGACGAGUGCGAAAAAAGAAGCCAUGCCCUGUGCAUGCUUCAGAAAGGCACUUGGAAUAUGUCAGGACUAUUACAGAAACGGACUGAGGUGUAUUGUGAAGAACACGUAGAAGGCAAUGAAGAGUACUGCUUCUGUGGAAAAGGGUAUGUAGAAGGGGCUCAGUACAUGAUUUGCUGCGAUAAUUGCGAUACUUGGUACCAUGGAGACUGCAUUGGGAUUACUGCACAGGUAGGGGACACUAUUGAGCAAUUUGUGUGCAAGUUUUGUGAGCAGUGAAAUAGCACAGCCAAAAAGCUGCUGAAAGAAGAUGCGACUGAUAAAAAGUCAAAUGCGAAGGUGUCUAAGCAGUUUGUGAACUUUAAGCUGAAGGAUUGGCUGCUGCUGGCGAGAAUUGUGUUUAAAAGGGCUAAUAAAGCUUUGGAAGAGAGAUCAAAAAUUGAGGAUAUGGAAGAAGUCAUGGAAUUUGCCGCGAAAUUGCCGUUUGAGGUGGCGAUUUUGAGCAACUUGAAUGCGAAGCUCCACAAUGCGAAGAUUCUGAUUGGAAGGGCUAAUAGUCUUUUAGACAAAAUUCAUGAAUAUUUAGAAGAGAAUGAAAUCAAGGACAUCCAAGAAGUAAUUACUGAAGCCAGAACGAUUGGAGUUCAUAUACCUCAUGUUGGAUUUUUUAUUUUUAUAAAGAAAAUAUUUUUUAGAAAUUUUAUUAGGAUUUAUAGAAAAAUAUUGUUGGUUAGGGAAGCAAUUCAUAUAAAGAGAAAGUUUUUUAUUAAAAUUAGACUCAUGUUACUAGGCUUACACAUCAAAUUGAAAAUUUCGAAAGAGUAAAAGAAAUCAAGACUAUGAUUUCUAAUUCUAAAAAUUAUUCAUUUGCUGAGGCAAGGUCUUAUUAUGAUAAUCUUGUAAAACAAAUGGAAAAGCCACCUAAACAGUUAGGAGAACUUAAAAAUAUGAUUGAUUCUUGCCAGAAUAAGAUUUCUCUGCUGAAAAAUGAGUUAAAAGAAAGCAAAGAAAAUGGCUUGGAAAAUAAAAAAAAUACUGAUUUUUUUAUAGGCAAGUUAGAAGAAAUUAACCCCACCCUUCGUGACGAACAAAAAAUUUUUUUGUUCGCUCACAGAGAGGGGACUAAAGAAAUGCCUUUUUUGAUGAAAAAUGAAAUUAAAGCAAUAGAGGAUGAGUUGAAAUUGGCAGAAGACUGGGAUGCUAAAUUUUUAAAUAUUAUGAAGCCUAUACCGCCUGCUGAUUUACAAGUUCACUUACAUGAAGCAGAUGGGCUUAGUAUUAAAACUCCUGCUAUGAAAACUGCUCUUGAAAAAUGGAAAGAUUAUUCCCGAUGGUUCAGCCAAUCUCAAUCUUUUUUAAAUCCAGCUGAAAAAAAUGCAUUACCAACAAUAGAGCAGAUAAAUGAGCAUAUAUGCAAUGGAGAUCUACAUAUUAGCUCAUACGUUGAUAUCGCAGAUGUCAAACAAUCGCUGCAUGCAAAAAUUUCUCAGGCAGAAAAUUGGCACUCACAAGCAGCGGCAGCUGUUUCCACAAAAAUCUCACAGCAAUUGAUAAAUCAACUAUCCUUUAUUAAAAAUAAUUAAAAUAAUAUCUGGAAAAAAUUUAUCAUUUUAUAUUUAAUAUAAAACUAAUUAGGCACUAUUUUUGACUAAACCUCCUUCAGAGAGCAUAAUAAAUGAUGCACAAUCUUUAAUCUGCAAAUUCCCUGAGCUAGAUUUACUUGAAAAACGAGCCCACAUCAACCAAAAAAUCAAUGAAACUCUCAAUAAAAAGCAUAGAGAAGAAGACCUUGAAAUUCUUUUAAAAGAUGCCUACGAAUUUGACACAGAUGACGAAUUAAUCCAAUUAGUGACAUUUAAAAUCCAGAGCAUAAAAGAGAUAAAAGAAAGAGUUCAUGAAGCUUUACAAGGAGAAAACAAUUCUUCAGACUUGUAUUUGAAGCUAUUAGAAGAGCUAAAAAAUGAAAAAACUGAGCUUUUAGAAGAAAAACAACAAAUUGAGGAUAAAAUAAAAUCUCUGCAAUGAAUUGAACAAGUUAAUGAGAUUUUUGAUGAGCUUGAUAAAUCUGCUGAGGAUGUUCCAGCUAAAAAGAAAAAAGGAAACGAAAUUGAUACUUUGAAAAGUUUGAUAGGAAAGGCUGAAAAAAUUAUAUAUAAAGAUGCAAAAACUGAUGGGUAUUUAGAAGAGCUAGCUUUUAGGCUAUGGGAAUUGGAAUUUAAAAGAUUUGAUAUGUGUGAUGAAAUUUCGCUAGAGCAGCUUCAAGAUCUUAAAAUCAGAGCUUCUUAUUUGAAAACACGCCAGCCUGAGUCCUUAAUACAAUUCCAGUCAAUUUCUAAAGAAGUUGAUGAAAGUGUUGCAUUUUUUGAAAAUUUAGCACAAACUGAUAUAUCAGAAAUUUUCAGUGGAAAUGUUAUAAAGACAUUUAAAUUAAGCUUGAUCGGGGUAUUUUAGAAAAUAUAUUAGUUUUAAUUAUAAAUUAUAUAAGUUUUCUUAAAUUUCGGUAAGAAAUACAAUGAAAUUUAUCAUAGAAUUGAAGCAAAACCUUGAAUUUUAUAAAAAUAAGCUUGAAAAUCAAGGAAUUAUCUUCCCUGAAAAAUAUAACAAAUUUUUAGCCUGGGAUAAGUGAAUUAACUGAAGUCUAGCCGCAGAAUCUUUAUUUUUCUCUUCAGAAAAGCCAUCAAUAGACAAACUCUAUGAUUUAAAUCUAGAAGUAAUUCCACUAGGCAUUUCCAAUGAAAUACCAUCUGUCAAAAAGCUCACUGAAGAAAUCGCAAACUACGAAAAUUGGCUGUAUCGCUACACUUCUUACUCAUCAACUCGUCGCGCUUUUUCUAAACCAGGUCUAGAAGUUAAAAAUUACUUAAAAUUAAUAAGUGAAAAGCCUAAACUAACCAAUCUCCAGCUUCAAGACCUGCUUCAAAGCGCAAGAUCUCUUCGAACUUGUUGCGAUCAAGAAAUCCUUAUAAUGGAACAAGAUCUAAAAAGGCUUGAAUUGUGGACGAGCAAAGAGCUAAUAUUCGCUGGAAGACCAUAUGAAGAGCUAUUAAUCGACUGCAAAAAAAGUUAUGAUGAAUUCAUAGAAAGCGAAGGCUGCAAAGAAUUUUAUGCUACCAUAAAAGAAUAUUUUUUCGAAAAUUUUAUUGAGCACGAAAAUUUUGGAAUAAAAUUAAGCAGCUUAGAAUGGAAUUUUAGAGCCCAAGGAAUAUUGCAGCAGAAAGGCAGAAUAUUAGAAGAAGUUUGGGAAGAAGUUUAUGGAGUCAUAGAACAACUAGAUAAAAAGAUUUUAGACGAGUCGACUUUAGAAAAAAUAAAAAGGCUUCAACAAAUAAAGCAGCAAAUAGAAGAAGAGGUCAGAAAAAUUAAAAAUUUCGUCCCACAAGGCGAAAUAAAAGCACUUACUUUUGAAGAACUGGAUAUUUUAUAUGAUAAAAUAUCGACAAGCAAAAUUAUACUCAAGGAUGAAAAUUUUGUUAAGAAUUUGCUAGAAAAAACCAGGAAUUUUUCACAAAGAUUCAAUGAUAUGAUUACUAAUAAAGCUUCUAUUGAGGAGUUUAAGGCAUUUCAAGAUGACAUAGAAAAACACCCUAUUUCAAUAUCAGAGUUUUCAAGCAAGCUUAAAGACAUUUUGAACAAAGCGAAUAAUAUCACCCUUCGUAUGAGAAUUCUUAAAGAAAACGCUGGAAAAAAUAAGAUGGACAAAGCCAAAGUAGAGCAGUUUUUGCUUGAAUACAACAAUACUGAGGUAAAGCUAGAAGAUGCUGAUAUAUUAAUUGAAGAAUUAGAAAGGGGAAACCAAAUUCUCGCAGAAGGUUUUGAGAUUGUUGAAAAACCAGAUGCGACUAUGGAGGAGCUCAAUUCAAUAAGCGGAAGAUUAAAUAAUCUUCAUAUCCAUAUGGGACAAGAAGAAAAAAAUCUGAAAAUAAAAAUAUGGAAACUUAGGGUCACUCUCUCCCAAGGAAUCAAAGUUAGCUUCCCUAUACUUCAAGGCUGGCUAAAUGAAGGCUUACAAAUGAAAGACCCAAGCUUAGCUGACAGUAUCGAAAAACUUGAAGGGCUUGUUGCGAAAGGAGAAAUCUACAAAGAAAGACUUGCAGCUUGCAGCAGUUUAGAAGAAAUCCAAGAAAUUGAAAAAGAAGCUGAAUCUUUACCGUUUGAUUUAGCCCAUUCUUUUAUUGAGCAUAAAACCCGCAUCAAUCUUGGUGGUGGAAAAAAAGAGUCUAAAUCAUCAGAAACAGUUCCUUCUAAGCACUCAGCUCAAACUGAUGAUCCAGUUCCUUAUAAUGACCCAGCCCGUAUGUCACAAAUCACAGCUAUUGAAAAAACGAUCAUUCAUGAUAUUAAUUAUGAUUGGCAUAAACAUAUGGGGAAAGCUAAAAGAUAUGCUGUAAGGUUAGAAGAUAUUAUUUUUAAAAAUCAUCAUGGGAGUAAAUAUAGAAAAACUAUUGAUAGAAUGAUAAGGAUUAUCAAAAGAUAUCAAGAGUUUGAAGGAUUUUCUAAAUUUUUGGCAGAAUAGAUAUUAUUUAAUGCUUCUUUAAAAAAUAUUGAAAAUAAAAUAUUUUGGGUAGAGUAAGAAAUUGAGCAAGGGAGAUAUCACAGCUGAUGAACUCUCAGUGUUGAACCCUAAAGAAGCUAAAGAAGUUAAAGUAAUCAAAAGAUUGUUUGAUGGAGAGCCAAAGAUAUGCCUAACUAUUAAUAAAAGUAAACUAACAGAAAGUGAUAACCCGGAGUCAGGCCAGCCAGUUAAAAAACCAAAACUCACACCUAAGCAAGAAGUCCCACAAGUUUCACCUCAACCAGCUCAAAUUCCAAAAAUAUCUCCAAAGCCUGUCUCUAAGGAACCGCCAAAGCCGAUUGCUACUCCAGCUCCAUUAAUAAAAACAACACCUAAGCCUCCACCUCCAAAACCUACACCAAAGCCUGUGAGCGAUUUCAAAGUUACAAAUCUUAUAAGUGAAAUAGAAGCUAAUAAGAAAAAUCAGUCAAAAAGCUUGAUUGUAAAGAAUGAAAUCAGCCAGCCACAGUUAGCAAGCGAAAAAUACAGAGCUCCUCAGCAUUUAUCUGAUUCUUCAGCUGUAUCUAGAUCGACUGCUGCUGAUGAAGAAUGAAGGGAACUUACUUCGUUCAAGAUAUAUCUAGAUAUAGAGGUUUCCUCUAUAUAGCGCUAAAAGCGCAGACAUUUUCCCAGGAGCUUUCCAAGUUCGUCGGACCAAAUCGCUUUUUGGUCCGACCAAGGCAUUGAUUUGGUGCAACCUACCGAUAAAUUCCGAUCAGAAUUUAUCGGCCUUACAGCGCCAAACAUAGGAAACUUCUAUAUAAUUAAUUUUUUGGAAAUCCAAAUACCAUAGCCAACCAAUAAUCUUUAUAAUAUACAUAUUUUUAUCUAAAAAUAUUUUGAUAUAUCAUUAUAAUUGAAAUUUAUAUAAUAAUCAUAAAUUAUGGUUAUCUAUGGGCAAGCUUUUCUCAAAAAUCCCCUUGCCUUAUAGUUUUCCAAUAUACGUCUUUCUCAUUUAUUUCUUCAAUCCGUCAUCUUAAUUAAUACUUAAUUUUAAUUUUAUUGAACUUAAAUUCCAGCAAUCUAAAGCAUAAAUUUAAUAAAUGUGAUUAUUAAAUUUAUAAUAUGUAAAAUCUAAAAUCAAUGAAAUUAUUACAUAUAAAUUUUACUCUUUAUCUUGUUAAUUAUUGGAAUAAAAAGUUAGCAAAUUUAGACUUGAACAUAGUGGAUUUACUACAACAUCUGGAGACAAGCAAAUUCCUCAAAAACGUGCCCCUGAGGCUAUUGAUCAGCUUCCACCCAAAAGAUCAAAAUAUGAAAGAAACCAAGAAGGAAGAUUUAGCAGCGAAGAAGAAGAGGAAGAAGAAGAUAAAGAGCCAUCCAAAAAGGAAUUAGAAACGAAUAAAGAAAAAUCAGAAGAAUACAGCGUAUUAGAGCUUGCCAAAAAAAAUGAUUAUGCUAAGAAGCAUAAGAAAAAAGGUAAAUUAUACGACCCAUUUUCAGUACCUGCUCCUAAAAAUAAAGCCCCAGUCGGAAGUUUAUUAAAAGUGUGGUCUGGCAAGCUUGAAUACGGAAAACACUUCAUUAAUGUAGUGAUGCACUCUGUCGAUAACAUUGAAUCGUUCCAAAAAAUGCCUCAGCUCGGCAGCAAAAUUUCAGUUCAAGGAAGAACUAAACAAGAUGAGCUAGAAGUUUAUAUAGAAAUUUUAUUUAAUAAAAUUAUAUACAAUAUAACAAAUUAUCUUUAAUUUUUAUGAAAAAUAAAAAAUUAGCUAAGACAAUGAUAAUAAAAUUAAUUAUAUAAAAUAUAUAUCACAAAAUGCAUCUGGAUCAGUCAGCAAACUAAUAGCAACAGCAUGAAUAGAACCAACUGAAAGCAACGAAAGAGACUUCAGUGACCUUGCUCGCGAUUUAACUGGCAAAGGUAGAUCAGCCGUCAUACGAAUUGAUAACUCCCUCACUAUUUAUUUAACCUCCUUAAAUGAAAGUUUCCAAUCCUUUUUAUCCUCAGUGCGUAUCAACAUCAAUAGAAAAAUUGAUGAAACUGUAGUCCCACACAUAUCCACCAAAGAAAAGCUCGGCUGUAUUUUAUUCUUCAAAAAAACUGCUAUGAGCUCUUCCUCAUAUAUAAAUCCUGAUGUCAUUGUAAAAAUUGAGCCAGCAUCAAUGCCAGAAAUUGAUGAUUUGCCUGAAAAAGAGCAAGAAAUGUCACCUAUAACUGACGAAGAAGAAAAUCCUAAUUCUUCUAAUGACCAGCUUCCUAAAGCUUUACAAGACAUUUUGUUAGAACUAAAAAAAAAUCCUGGGGACCAGUCACAAAUUUUAAAUAAUCUACAACAAGCGAUUUCUACAAUGAAUCCACAAGAGUUAGCACCAAAUAAUUCAGAAAUUAAUGAUUUGAUUUCAGCGAUUAAAGAACAGGUCAAGCAAGAGUCGCAGCAAAAACAGCAGCCUGCAGUGCAAAAUGUUAACCAAUUUUUGUCACAGAAUUUCCAAUUGCCUCCACAAAGACAGCAGCCUGGGUAUAUGUAUAUGCCACAGCAGAAUUAUAUGUAUCCUCCACAGCCUAUAUAUCCUCCUGGACAAUAUUACCAAGGACAGCCUCCACCUCAACCUCCUGCGCAAUAUUAUAGACCUCCUUCUCCUGAGAGAAAACAUGAUGAUCCAAGAAGACAAAACAGGUAUUAA